GCCUCCAGUGAUCACGUGACGGACAAAAGUACGCCUGGCAAAGACCAGAAGCUGGGCAAAAUGUCUUGGCUAGAGGAUGAAGGGAUCGCGUCACCGGGCGAUGAAGAUGAAGAGCAGUAUGAAUCGGGUGAAGAAAAUGAGAAUGAUAAGGUGAAAGAAGAACUUCCAGAGUCUGUACUCUCAUAUUUUAAUCUUAUAAAGAAAAGAAGUAAAAAUACAGAGAAACUGAUUUUGCAAGAUUUGGAGACAGAUAACACCUGGCUAUGUCAUGCCUCUAAAAGGGAAACAAACUAUGAUUCCAGUUGUUUGGCUGAAUUGGCUUCCGAACAUGGGGAAGAAGCUGAAUCCCUAAAAAGAAGGGUAUUAGCUGCAAUAGAAGAAGAAGAAAAAAAAGAAAAAUCCUACUGUGCUGAACAGAAAUAUGAAGAUAACCCUGAUAACAGAAUCUUCCAAGGGGAUGUAGUGGCAGAAAACUUAGAAUGUGAGAAUCUCAAUUUAAACCUUGGGUAUACUGCAAUGGAAGAAAGAUGUAGACAGUCUCUUCUGCAGUGGGAGAAAGAGGAGAACGCUCACAAUGAAAUGAAAAGAAAAAUGCUUGCUGCUGAGAAAGAAAUGUUACAUAAACAAAUCCAGGAGCAAGAAAAAAGGAUUGAAAAUUGGAAAAGUGAAUUUCAAAGGGAAAGUUCAUUAUUGCAGGCUUUUCAUGAUGAGCAAAAGAAGAAGCUUUGUGAGGUUGAAAUGAAAAAUCAGAAUGAAUUGACAGAAGAAAUGAAACGACAUGAGGACUUUAUUAACAAAAUACAGAAAGAUUUAGAGAAAGAGAAAAGCAUAUAUGAAGAACAGAAGGCAAGAGCCAGGAAGCACUUAGAAGAUUUAUACAAUAAAUCUGCUGUGAAAAUCCAGGCAGUGUUCAGAGCUCAUUUGAUAUACAAAAGGUAUGCACCUGUAUUAAAAUACAAAAAAGAGGAGAGAAAAGGGAAAAAGGAACAGCAGUUAAAAUUGGAAAAUGAAAAAAAAGAAAUGGACCAGAAAAUAAGACUCAAACUUGAGGAGAAAAGGCAAAAAGAGGUAGAAAGAAAAGAGAAGCAUGAAUAUCAGAAAAGAAUAGCGGAAGAGAUGGCAAUACAGGAAUCCCUAAAACAGAAAUUAAGGCAGCAAGAAUAUGAAAAGAAAAAGAAAGAAGAAAAGCAGAGACUAGAAAAAGUAAAACUGCUUUCACAACUUGAGUUGAAUGGAAAAGAGACAGAUACAAAUAAUGUGUACUUAUAUAAAGCAUAUACUGGUGAAGAUAAGGAGGGUACAGUCAAGCACACAAAAGAAAGUCAUUAUAUGCACCAAGACAAGAAAAACACAGCAGUGAAAGAAGUGGUUGGGGAAGACAAUACAGAUAUCCAAAACAGUCAAAUAGUGCCAGUAAUUCUGGUGGCAGAUAUACCUGGAAACAAACUCGGAAUAGUAACUACAAAUUUAUCCCAGAUUAAAACUUUAGUAAUAGAGACUCUUCAUGCAAAUGGCAGUGCAAUGGAAAAGGUAUUACAUACUAGUCAAAAGUCUACAGAAGGGCCAGAUGGACAGUCUACCACCCUUGCUGGUGAUAAACCAUUGUCAGUAGAGAUGAGUGGAGAUUAUAGUGCACAGUGUCCCACCCUUGCUGGUGAUAAACCAUUGUCAGUAGAGAUGAGUGGAGAUUAUAGUGCACAGUGUCCCACCCUUGCUGGUGAUAAAUUAUUGUCAGUAGAAACGAGUGGAGAUUAUAGUGCACAGUGUCCCACCCUUGCUGGUGAUAAAUUAUUGUCAGUAGAAACGAGUGGAGAUUAUAGUGCACACUGUCCCAAAGUGCAUUCAAAUAAAACACCAGAAGAUGAACAUAAUUAUCAGUUGUCUGUGUCAAAUCAGCAAAAUGAAGUUCCUAUGCCUGAGGAAAGAACUGCCAAAAGAGAUCUUAAGGAACAAAAAAGUAUAAACCAUGAACAAAGUGACAAUUCUCUGAUGCCACCUUCAGCAAGAGCUCUAGUUUUAACAGAUCACAUUGAGCAAAAGCGACUUUGGUGGAUGAAAACCUGCAAACCAUGGUCAAAGAUUUUAAGGGAGAAUAAUAAAAAGAGCCACAUUAAAAAGACAAAGCAACGGAAAAGCUUUAUGGUAAAGAAGCUGCAUCCAAUAAAUGAAGAUCUCAUCCUUAAUAAUAGUCCAUGGCAUGAUUUGAAACAGGUCACAACCGUUACCCUCCAUGAUUUACCCGGCUGCAGUCUUACUACUUUAUCCAAAUGUACAAAGCUUAAGUAUUUGUCACUCAGGUGUUGUGGAUUAACUGCUCUUGAAGGCAUAAGUGACUGCAAAGAUUUACACUACAUUGAUGUCCAGCAAAAUUCGAUUCAAGUUGUACAGUGUGAAAAUUUGGAAAACCUCUAUGUACUUCUGUUGAACAAAAACCAAAUAACAUCCAUUCAUGGAAUAGACAAUUGUAAGAACCUAAGGAGUCUUGAAUUAUCAUACAACUCAAUAACCCGAAUAGGUGACCUAGAAUCUCUGAAGAAUCUUCAAAGGCUCACUUUGGAUCACAAUCAGCUUAUCAGCACCAAAGGUUUGGAGGUUGUUAGUGGUCUGAUGUAUUUGGACUGCUCUUAUAACUAUCUCACUGAACUUGAAGGCAUUAAGAAUUGUGGCCUCUUACAGAUUCUAAAAUUACAAGGAAAUAAUCUCUGUGAGCCCCCUAAACUGGAUAAUCAUGUUCUGCUGCAAGAAUUAUACCUUGAUGAUAACAGCAUAUCAACAAUGGAGACAAUGCCAUCAUAUUGGUUGCCGCUAUUACAGACUCUUUCAGUAUCUCGAAACAGCUUAAUACAUCUCGCACCAUUAAAUUCAUUCAUUUCCUUGGAAGAAUUAGAUAUAAGCAGCAACUGUGUAUCAGAUUUGCAAAGCACUAUCUUGUGGCUUGAAGGUUGUGGAGUUUUAAGAAAACUUUAUGUAGGAAAAAAUCCACUUGUGCAAGAAGCUAACUGGAGGUGCUCAUUAUUAAAACAUUUACCUGGCUUGAGAUUUCUUAAUGAUGAACACACACAGGGGAAAGAGAAAGUCUGCAUAUCCCACACAGGAAAUUUCUUUAACUUUUGCCAAGAGCAGAUCAGCACUUUCAGGAAACUUUGGGAGAAAUUAAACUCGGAGGGAAUAUGUUCAUCUCUAAAUGGGUUAGAAAUAUAUUGUGAUUGUUUGAAGAAGUUGUGGCAAGUUAGUAAUGAAUUUAGGUUUGCACAUGAGUAUGGUGACACAGAGAUUGUCAAGGGAGAAGAUUCAGGCUUGAAUUGGAAUCAACACAGACACCUUGUCAGUAGUCUAAGUGAUAAUAAACAGAAUCCUCCAACAAGACUGAUCACCUCUAAACAAACUCACUCCUUGCUGGGUAACUCCUCUGCAGAUCAUGAAACAGUAGAUGCAGGAAAAAAUGUUGGACAAGUUACCAUCAAUGCAAAGGUCACAGGAAAUCCAAAUGUCAUUGCAGCUGCCAGAAGUGAAAGACAGAAAUUUUCAAAAUGCACUUUUAGUGUUGAAAACAAUAAACAUUCUGCUGCCAUUGUUAUUCAACGGUAUUGGCGUGGAUAUGUGGUACGCAGAGAUAUCAGUUAUUAUACUAGACUUCACGAGGCUGCCUCAGUGAUACAAACAGCUUGGCAUUCUUACUGUGCAAGAAAAAAUGUUUUGCAUAGGAAAAUACAAGGAAAUCCCCAGAUAACAGAGAUUCAGCAUAGAGCUGCCACUCACAUACAGGCAGUGUGGAAAGGAUUCUACUUUAGAAAAAAAUUGGCUGCUGCUUUAGCCGCUGUUGAAAGAGAUGAACUGGAGGAUGAUUUUGAGGAAGUGAAUUUGGAUGAUUUUGUAUUUGAUGAAAGUGCUUUGGAGAGGGAGUGGACACUGGCCUCUUCUCAGUUCUCUCCUGAAACACAUCAUUACUCAUGCAAACCAGAGCAAGCAAAGAUUCCUAUGACGUAUUCAGUCUCAGAAAGCAAGAAACAUUUAAUUCCAUGGCCUCCACAUCAGGCAUGGCAGUGCAUUGAAACAGAAAGAAAAGGCCAGCAGUGUCAGUACGAAAGAGCAAAUACUGAGAACAGGUUGGAGAAACAAACGCUGUCACAUACGUCUAGCAUGAAGUCUAAUGCUGACAUUUCCUCUAAGUCUGAAAAAGAAGAAAAAAUUUCCCAGGAGUGGGGUUUUAAAAACUCAUCCACUGCACAGUUAAUGCUGAAGAGAGCUCAAAAAAUGAAGUCCAAACAAGCAAGGAACAGAAAAUUGUUAGACCCAGCUGUGCGUCUGGCGUUGUUCAAAAACAAUGAAAAUAAACACCUUCCUGUGAAGCCACCAAAGAAGAUACAGCAAAUGAGAGAAGAAUAUUUCCAAGGUGGUGUAGAGGAAUUAUUUCCUGCAGAUGAAGGACCUUCAGCAGCAUUAGAGUCCAGCAAGGAGUUCACUUAUCAGUGGCUUCACACACAAUGUGGAGACUUUGAACUAACCAGUUCAAGAAUUGCAAAAGGUAAACUUUUUUUGCCCGAAUUGAAUCAUGAUGUUUUGAAUGGAGGACGUGUUCAGCUUGUGGCUAAUGGCGUAAGCAAAGAAGCUCUUGAUUUGGAUCUGAUUUCUGUGAAAUCUGGAAGUACUUUAACUCGGACCAGAAAAAAUGGCACACAGAGACAAUAUUCUGCAGGAUCAUCCAACAGAGAAGUUGUUACACCUAUCAAGACAGGUUCAGGACCUCAUAAAAAAGAGAGGAUUUCUUUUCGUGACAGCCCAGUGCAGUUGAGUGGUGGAUGGGGUCGAGGAAAAAAAAGAGGAAAAAAUGGGUAGUCAUAUAUAAAAUAUAAAAGUAAAACAAAAUUAUUGCAUUCAGAUAUAUUGCUUAUUUAAAUAACAUGUAAAGUUAUCAGCAUUUUGGGUGACAGACACUGUACAACAUUGCUUGUUUAUAGUUUAAAAAAUAUCUUAUUUAUUUCUUA